AUGUCUUCAAUAGAAAAUAAUAAAGAUGAUGUUAUAGAAAAAGUUUCUACAGACAAAACUGAAGAUGAAGUAUAUCCUAAAAAUGUAUAUAUUAUGAAAAGUAAUAACCAAUUACGAGAACUUCAUACACUUUUACGUGAUCGAACAACAUGUCGAAGUGAUUUUAAAUUUUAUGCUGAUCGUCUUAUACGUUUAACAGUUGAAGCUGCACUUGAUCAAUUACCAUAUAUACCAAGUGAGAUUAUAACACCAACUGGUCAUUCUUUUAAUGGUCUACGUCAUGAAAAAGGAACUUUAUGUGUAUCAUUAAUGAGAAGUGGAGAAGCUAUGGAAAAAGGCAUUCGUGAAUGUUGCAGGUCUAUACGAAUAGGUAAAAUAUUAAUAAAUGAAGGUCAAGUUAUAUAUGCGAAAUUACCAGCUGAUACUCAUCGAAGACAUAUUCUUGUUACUUAUCCAGUUAUAACGAGUGGCUCAACAGUUAUCACUGGUCUUGAAGUAUUACUUACAGAAUAUCAAUGUAAACAAUCAAAUAUUAUUCUAAUAACAUUAUUUUCAACGCCUGAUGGGUUGAAACAAACUUGUGAACGUUAUCCAGAUAUAAAAAUUAUUGUUUCAGAAAUAAAUCAAAUAGCACCAAAUCAUUUCGGUCAAAAAUAUUUUGGUACCGAUUAA